AUGGAUUUCAAGCGGACCCUUAUUACUGCUUUGGCACAUUUCAAUCCUUCUGAUGUUAUUCAAUCACCGAGCACUCGAGCUAUCUCCCAACUCAUAGCGCGGCCUGCCAAUUCUCAACUUGCUUCUGCUCCUCCAGCUUCUCCUCCAGCAUCUCCUCCAGCUGCUCGUUGUUCUCCAGCUCCGUUGCUUCGUCAACCCAAAAGAAAGAGAAGCGCAAAAAAGGUGCAGCAAAAGAGGCUCCUGCACUAUGAAGCAGGCUUCAGCGAGCUACAGAAUAGUGUGAUGAAAACAGCUGAGACCUACUUCAAAGAUAGAACGACCUGCUGUGAUUUGGUUGACAUUUCAGUGCAUCUGAUCAACAGUCAACCUCUCGAAGAAACUGUUUACAAGAGCUUGUGGAAACAAAGUGUUGAUAUAUUCUCAAAGACUGAUUCCAAAGCAUCUUGA